GUGUGCGGCUGUGUGUAUGUGUAUGCGUGAGAGACACACCGGAGGAGGGAGACACACACAUUCACAGAGGCGCACACACCGGGGCGAAAAAGGGGUGGGGAGGGAGGGGGAAAAGGGAAAAGGAAAAGGAAAGGGGAGAAAGAAAAAAAAAGGCAGGCAUUCGAUGCACCUGGGAGGGUGAAAGAAGAAAGCCGGUGGCGGCGGCGGUGAAGGCAGGAGGCGGCGGCACCAGCUCCGGCGAGAGCGGCGCGCGGACGUCGGACCCGCAGCCCAACCCCGAGCUUGGAACCGUAUUGAGCCGGAGCGCGUCGGGCCGUCCGGUCCCCCCUCCUCACUCUAGCUCUUUUAUUUGAUUAUUUAUUUUUCUCCCUCUCCUCGCGAAGGGCGAGGCGCAACCUUUAACCGCGGGACGACCCCCCCCCCCCCCCGGCGGCGGAUCGGCCUCGCGGGACGCGCUAGUUCAGGGGGGUGGCCCCGAGACCCGGACGGGGGCGGGGGGCGACGGGGAAGGCAGGCCCGGCCCGGCCCCCCGGGGAGCAGGCGACAGCCCGUAGCUCUUAGCGGCGGUUGUGGCGGCGGCGUUGUUGUUGUUGGCCGGAGCGGCUCGGCUCUACUGAGAGCCAGGCGAAGGAGGAUGUCGUCGGCUGGCAGCCGGGAGGAGGAGCGGCGGAAACUGGCCGAUAUCAUCAACCACUGGAACGCGAACCGGCUGGACCUGUUCGAGAUUAGCCAGCCCACCGAGGAUUUGGAAUUCCAUGGAGUAAUGAGAUUUUACUUUCAAGAUAAAGCUGCUGGAAACUUUGCUACAAAAUGCAUCCGUGUCUCCAGCACUGCUACAACCCAAGAUGUCAUAGAAACUCUUGCAGAGAAAUUUCGACCUGACAUGAGAAUGCUGUCAUCUCCCAAAUAUUCACUCUAUGAAGUGCACGUCAGUGGAGAAGAAAGAAGAUUGGAUAUAGAUGAGAAGCCUCUAGUUGUACAAUUAAAUUGGAACAAAGAUGAUCGAGAGGGCAGAUUUGUGCUGAAGAAUGAAAAUGAUGCCAUUCCUCCUAAGAAGGCUCAGAGUAAUGGGCCUGAGAAACAAGAAAAAGAAGGCGUGAUCCAGAACUUUAAAAGAACUCUUUCAAAAAAGGAAAAAAAGGAAAAAAAGAAACGGGAAAAAGAGGCAUUGCGACAGGCAUCUGAUAAAGAUGAGAGGCCUUUGCAUGGAGAUGAUAUUGAGAAUUCUCGCCUGGCAGCUGAGGUGUAUAAGGAUAUGCCUGAAACCAGUUUCACACGCACAAUAUCAAAUCCUGAAGUAGUCAUGAAACGGCGGAGACAGCAGAAAUUAGAAAAGAGAAUGCAAGAAUUCCGAAGCUCAGAUGGUCGUCCUGAUUCAGGUGGAACACUGAGGAUUUAUGCAGAUAGUUUAAAACCAAACAUCCCAUACAAGACAAUUCUGCUGUCAACCACGGAUACUGCAGAUUUUGCUGUGGUUGAAGCUUUAGAGAAAUAUGGUCUGGAAAAAGAAAAUCCCAAAGAUUACUGUGUUGCCCGAGUUAUGCUCCCCCCUGGAGCUCAACAUUCAGAUGAGAAAGGUGCUAAAGAAGUUAUCUUGGAUGAUGAUGAAUGCCCCCUACAAAUCUUUAGGGAAUGGCCAAGUGACAAAGGAAUUUUAGUCUUUCAGUUGAAAAGAAGACCAUCUGAUUAUGUCCCAAAGAAACUGAAGAAGCAAAUUGAUGGAAAGCCACAAAAGGGGAAGGAAAGGAUUGAUGGAUCUGGCUAUGGUUCUUCACUUCCACCUGAAAAACUGCCCUAUUUGGUAGAAUUAAGUCCAGGCAGAAGGAAUCACUUUGCCUACUACAGUUAUCACACUUAUGAAGAUGGUUCUGACUCCAGAGAUAAGCCGAAGCUCUACCGUCUGCAAUUAAGUGUCACUGAAGUUGGAACAGAAAAAUUUGAUGAGAACUCUAUUCAGUUGUUUGGGCCAGGAAUUCAGCCUCACCAUUGUGACCUAACGAAUAUGGAUGGAGUUGUAACAGUUACUCCUAGAAGUAUUGAUGCAGAGACCUAUGUGGAAGGGCAGCGUAUCUCAGAGACAACUAUGUUACAAAGUGGCAUGAAGGUUCAGUUUGGGACAUCUCAUGUAUUUAAAUUUGUAGACCCCAGUCAAGAUCACAUCAUUACCAAAAGAUCUAUGGAUGGAGGAGGCCUUAUGGUUAAAGGUCCAAGGCACAAACCUGGAAUUGUCCAGGAGACAACCUUUGAUCUGGAAGGUGACAUUCAUAGUGGAACAGCAAUGCCAACAAGCAAGAGUACCACUAGACUGGACAGCGACAGGAUAUCGUCAGCAUCCAGCACAGCAGAGCGAGGGAUGGUGAAGCCAAUGAUUAGAGUAGAACAGCAACAAGACUAUAGAAGACAGGACAGCAGAACUCAGGAUGCACCUGGCCCUGAACUGAUACUGCCUGCAAGCAUAGAAUUCAGGGAAAGUUCUGAAGAUUCAUUUUUAUCAGCUAUUAUAAAUUAUACUAAUAGCUCUACAGUACAUUUUAAAUUAUCACCUACAUAUGUGUUAUAUAUGGCAUGUCGGUAUGUACUGUCAAACCAAUACAGACCUGAAAUCAGCCCUGCAGAGCGGACUCACAAAGUCAUUGCAAUAGUUAACAAGAUGGUGAACAUGAUGGAAGGUGUUAUUCAGAAGCAGAAGAAUAUUGCAGGAGCACUUGCCUUCUGGAUGGCAAAUGCGUCAGAACUACUCAACUUUAUUAAGCAGGACCGAGAUCUCAGCCGAAUCACUUUGGAUGCCCAGGAUAUUUUAGCACACUUGGUUCAAAUGGCAUUCAAAUAUUUGGUUCAUUGUCUUCAAUCAGAACUUAAUAACUACAUGCCAGCCUUUCUGGAUGAUCCUGAAGAAAAUAGUUUACAAAGACCCAAAAUAGAUGAUGUUUUGCACACACUCACUGGAGCUAUGUCAUUGUUACGAAGAUGCAGAGUAAAUGCUGCCCUGACGAUUCAACUCUUCUCUCAGCUCUUUCAUUUUAUUAACAUGUGGCUGUUUAACAGACUUGUUACUGACCCAGAUUCAGGGUUGUGUUCUCAUUACUGGGGAGCCAUUAUCCGUCAGCAGUUGGGCCAUAUUGAGGCAUGGGCAGAGAAACAAGGCCUUGAGCUCGCUGCUGACUGUCAUCUUAGCAGAAUCGUACAGGCAACCACACUUCUUACCAUGGAUAAAUAUUCACCUGAGGAUAUUCCAAAUAUUAACAGUACCUGCUUUAAGCUGAAUUCACUACAACUUCAAGCCUUAUUACAAAAUUAUCACUGUGCACCAGAUGAACCUUUUAUCCCAUCGGAUCUCAUAGAAAAUGUAGUAGCUGUUGCUGAAAAUACAGCUGAUGAAUUAGCACGUAGUGAUGGGAGAGAAGUACAAUUAGAAGAAGAUCCCGAUCUUCAACUACCCUUUCUUCUGCCAGAAGAUGGAUAUUCUUGUGAUGUUGUCCGAAACGUUCCAAAUGGGUUACAGGAAUUUUUGGAUCCACUGUGUCAGAGAGGGUUCUGUAGGUUAAUGCCUCACACACGUUCACCAGGUACUUGGACAAUAUAUUUUGAAGGAGCAGAUUACGAAAGCCACUUUAUGCGGGAAAACACUGAACUGACCCAGCCUCUAAGAAAAGAACCUGAAAUAAUCACUGUGACACUUAAGAAGCAAAAUGGAAUGGGUCUUAGCAUUGUUGCUGCAAAGGGUGCAGGCCAAGAUAAACUUGGAAUUUAUGUGAAGUCUGUUGUAAAAGGAGGUGCUGCAGAUGUGGAUGGUCGUCUGGCUGCAGGUGAUCAGCUGCUUAGUGUGGAUGGACGGAGUUUGGUAGGACUGUCCCAAGAAAGGGCAGCAGAGCUCAUGACAAGAACGGGUUCUGUGGUAACAUUAGAAGUUGCAAAACAAGGAGCAAUUUACCACGGCCUGGCUACUCUGCUCAACCAGCCUUCUCCCAUGAUGCAAAGAGUUUCAGAUCGACGAGGCUCAGGUAAACCCAGACCAAAGAGUGAAGGUUUUGAGCUGUAUAAUAAUUCAGCACAGAAUGGGUCACCAGAGAGUCCUCAGCUGCCUUGGACAGAGUAUAGUGAACCAAAGAAGCUUCCAGGAGAUGAUAGAUUAAUGAAGAACAGAGCUGAUCACCGGUCUAGCCCUAAUGUAGCAAAUCAGCCUCCUAGUCCUGGAGGGAAAAAUACAUAUGCCACUGGAACAUCAGCUAAAAUAACAUCUGUUUCUACUGGAAAUCUCUGUACAGAGGAACAAACACCAACACCAAGACCUGAAGCUUAUCCUAUCCCAACUCAAACAUAUACCAGAGAGUACUUUACAUUCCCAGCUUCUAAAUCCCAGGAUCGUAUGGUUCCUGUUCAGAAUCAGUGGACCAAUUAUGAUGAGAAACAACAGAUACAGACAGAUAAUCAUCAUUCUGGUGCUAUAAUUCAGCGUGUUACUCGUUCCCAAGAAGAAUUGAGAGAUGAUCACGUUUACCAGCCAGAGUGUCAUCGCAAAGAUGCAGACUAUAUAGAUCGAAAGUCUGACAGUGACAUGUGGAUAAAUCAGAGCUCUUCUGUGGAAUCUAGCACAUCCAGCCAAGAAUUCCUGAACCAUUCUUCUAAAUCUGUUACCCCAGGUUCUACAUUAACCAAAAGUGGUCCAGGCCGCUGGAAAACGCCAACAGCUCUUCAGCCAACCCCAGUGGCUAUUUCCCAGCCCAUUCGGACAGACCUUCCUCCUCCACCACCCCCUCCCCCUGUGCACUAUUCAGCUGACUUUGAUGGGGUUCCGAUGGACUUACCUCUACCUCCCCCUCCUCCACUGCACCAGGUAGGAGCUCAGUCUGCUCCAGCAGCAGCUGCAGAACGUAAAAAGAGAGAGGAGCACCAGCGAUGGUAUGAAAAGGAAAAGGCUAGGUUAGAGGAAGAGAGAGAGAGGAAGCGACGAGAGCAGGAGAGAAAGCUGGGGCAAAUGCGCACUCAGCCCUUGAACCCCACCCAACUUCCUCCUGUACCUGUACAGCAGAUAAAGCCUGAAAAGCCAUCUACAUUACAGAGACCCCAAGAAACAGUCAUCCGGGAGCUGCAGCCCCAGCAGCAGCCACGGACAAUUGAGAGAAGAGAUCUGCAGUAUAUCACAAUCAGCAAAGAAGAGCUUUCUUCUAGUGAUAGCUUGUCCCCUGACCCAUGGAAACGAGAUGCCAAGGAAAAGCUCGAGAAGCAGCAGCAAAUGCACAUUGUAGAUAUGCUAAGCAAAGAGAUUCAGGAUCUUCAGAAUAAACCAGAUCGUACAGCAGAAGAAAAUGACCGUUUGCGCAAACUCAUGUUAGAGUGGCAGUUCCAGAAGAGACUCCAGGAGUCAAAGCAGAAGGAUGAAGAUGAUGAAGAUGAGGAAGAUGAUGAUGUAGACACCAUGCUAAUUAUGCAGCGUCUAGAAGCCGAAAGAAGAACCAGGGUAAAGGGGAAAAAUCCUUUGGGUCAGACUGCUAUGCCAGCAAUCUCUGUUCUAGAUUUGGAUGAAGAACGCAGACGCCAGCAACAGUUAGAAGAGAUUCGUAAACGGGAAGCAGAAGACAGGGCCAGGCAGGAAGAAGAUCGACGGCGCCAAGAGGAGGAGCGAGCAAAGCGAGAUGCUGAAGAAAAGAGGCGACAGGAGGAAGGGUAUUACAACCGCUUGGAAGCUGAAAGGCGCCGACAGCACGAUGAGGCGGAGCGGAGGCUGCUGGAGCCUGACGAGCCUGGUCUGUACAGACCACCACUUCCACGGGACUAUGAACUCCCACCCCCACCCCCCUCCGCUAACGCUCCUCCUCCCCCACCUCAACGAAACACCUCUUACCUCAAAACGCAGGUCCUCUCCCCUGACUCGGUGUACACUGCCAAGUUUGUUGCAUACAAUGAGGAGGAGGAGGAGGAGGAGGACUCCGGCCUAGCAGGUCAGGAUAAGUACUCCUGCACGAGAAAAUCUUAUGGGGACUUCCCUCCUGCCGCCCCUAAGCCGCCACAGCAGCCACGCCCGGUCUCCGAUGGCAUCUAUCUUUCCACCUCAUUCCAGCCACCCUCGGUCAAUGCCAACAGUACUGCUCACAAAACAGGCCAGCCCCCUCCCCCACCAAAAAAGCCAGCCUUCUACCAGGCCAGCGGCUCCAAAGGUAGAGAAGCAGCCCCCUCGCCCCUUUUCUCCCUAGCUUCCCGCGUGAUGACAUAGCUUUAGAUGAUCACUCUGUGAUUUGAUUGCCCCCAUCACUGCUCUGGCACGGGAUCGCCCUCUGCUUUCCCAUGUCAUGUCUGUGAAUUCUCCUUUCUGUAAAUGUUCAAUUCUAUCCGAUUCCUUUUGUACUUAAAAAAUUCACAUCUUUGAUCAAAUGUACACAAUCAGUCCUUCUCCAUGCCUCCCUAAUCUGUUUGAAGUACUGUUGGUCUUGGCUUUCAUUCUCUCUGUUAAAGAGUCUUGGUAUUUGGUGAAAGGAGCACCUUUCCAUAAGCAUUUGAGGGACUUCAACACAUACUUCCUAUUUGCCCUCCGAGCAGGCAUUUGCAUUAAGCUUGUCAUGACUUCACCCCAGGAGGACUGUUCUGGAUGAAAUGCUGUAUGCAUUUGGCCUAAGACAUGCCCUGGGAUUCCCAGGCCUAGGGCCUAGUGAGGGUGCACUGGUAGCUAGCUUAGGACUGACCAGCCAUCUCCUGCCAGGCUCACACAACCUCUUCCUCAUUGAAAUGCUCACCACUCUUCUCUAACUGGCCUCUUUUCAGAAGGGCUCUUUUUAGUCUUAGUAUACAGCAGCCUUAGGCAUGCGAUCACAGCAUAAAUGUAGUUUGCAUUGAAUUGUAACACUUGUAGUUGACUGGAGAGCACUACCAUACUUCUGACUGAACCAGGACCUAGAAUCUAUCCCAAACAAAGUGGAGAGAACUUUUUCAGUGUCUUUAAGAUAGAAUGUCAGCCCAGAAGGUCUUGGACAUUAUCUAUUUAGUCUGGUUUUAUUACCUAAAGAAAAUUGGUAUUUUGAUGGUAAAUUUUCUUAGAUAUAAAGACUUUUCAUGCAUCUGAUGAGUUUUUUGAGAUUUUACUGAACAGCAUAAUAUGAAAUCUCUUACAAAGCCGAAGAAUUAACUUUAAAAUUAAGAAAUUUAUUUCUUUUUUUGGGUUACCUCAGACAUAGUUCAUUCAAUUCAGUGUAACUAUGGUUUCUACCAUCGUAACCAGUCUUGGACAAACUCAUCCUGAACUUUUCAAAGUGGCACUUGUAUCCUAAGUGAGGAUUCAAAAUAUAAUAAAAUACAUUUUCAGAUAUUUCAAGCAUUCAAAAGAUUCUUUUUUUAAAUUCUUAGCAUUAUUUAUAUAUAAACACACACACAAAUGAUAACAUUUUGAAUAAGAUAACACUAGAUUCAUUCAAUUACAAAGAAAAAUUGAUUGUUAAUGCUACAUGUUAAUUUGGAUUUUUGGUACCACUUAAGGAAUAUUGUAGUUAGAUUUUUCCUUUUAAUCUUAGCUUUUAGUCAUACUACUAAUCCUCAUUUUAUUUUACACUUAAAAUAUCACAGUGGAGCAGGUUAUGUCCUGCAUCUGAUUGCUCGAGCUUCUCUGAAGACUCCCUUCGUAAAGUACAGUUGCUUGCCCCAAUCUCAGAACGCCUUGUGCACCCACCUCGUCACCUCUCCAUCUCUACUAACACUAUCGCUUUGCAGUUCUUUGCAGCUGUCUUGUCUUUUAGUUGUUCUCACUUUGCCAAAACACACUUCUGCAAUUUGCACUCAGUUCCUUCCACUGUGUAGUUUGUAGAUGAGGAUUCAAAUGGGGAUUCCAACAUAAAAAUUGGGAACUUUUGAUUUUAUCCAGUUAUUUGUAUACUUUGUAUAUUCAUUCACCUUAUACUAUAAAAUAUGUUGUUAAUAGAAAGUGAAAAUAUUGAAGAGGUAUAUCAGUGGAAGAAACCAUCAUUGCUUCUCCAUCAAGGCUCACAAGAUAUGACUGAAAAAGAAGUUAGUUGAAACAAAUUGGAAAGGUGAUUUUGGCACAGCAUUCAUAACAACUUGUUGAAAUUCACGAUACCUGAUCUCAAUUGAUUUUGAAAAUAGAGCAUUUCAAAUUGCAGUGAGUCAGUGUUUAGUCUUUUGAGUCUUAGAUGAGGAUGAACUAAAUCAGAAAUAAAGAUGCAGUACUAGAAAACUGGUAAUUAAGGAAGAACUGAACUUUUCCCUUUCCAAAUGUAUUGAAUAAGAAUAAAUAAUGAAUGUCCUGGCAAACCUGUCUUUUAUUUUUAAGUAGGAGAUGCAUAUUAAGAUUCCUUCAUUUUUGUGCAGUACAUCCAAGCAAAGAUAAAUUUAAUUGGCAAAAAAUUAGAAAAAAAAGGCAACAUUUAAUUAGGUAUUUUGUACAUUUUAUGGUUAAUGCUGGAUGUCUCAAGCUUGCCUAUUAUGCAGGAGUUAUAUAGUCUUCCUUGCCAUUGUUUCCCUUUUGUGGCAUUAAAUUUUUUUGUUGGGAUGUCACUUUGUGUGUACACUCACAGGAGGGUAAAUUCUGUAUUAAAGUACUUUAUAAGCUCAGUGUUAAUAAAUGUCCUUUAAAACAAACUUGUGAAAUGAAAAAUUGGAUGGCAUGGUAUUUAAACAAGUUUUUUUUUUCUAUUUUUCAACCUCUGGUAGGUAUUUAGAAAGAAAAUUCAUGUCAGUAGGCGACAUAUCUGUUCUAUCUUUGGUUUUCCAUUAAAUAAUAACUAUUUGGGAAAGCAACAUUUGGAUAUAGUAGUUGGAUUGUUCCCAUCACCAGAACAUGUCAGUUCAUAUAGAAUGUUCCUUCCAUGGACUAUUCAAAUGGGCUGAAUCCAAAAGCCCUUCCUUAGUUCAGUAAUUCCAAAUUUCGGUUAUUUCUGAAGCACUGCAUCUUUAUUUUAAAAAUGCAUUUGGAGGGAGGUGGGCCAUUGUGUCUGUUUCUUAACCUUGACAUGUGUAUUUAUUUUUCUCUAUGUGUUUAUUU